AUGGCUCCGACCGAGACCAAGUCAUCAGAUAAUCCUUUGUCAGAAACCAACGGUGACAAGAAACCCGAGCUGAAGUCGGAGAACGCUGCCAACAACGAACCUGGCCGACCGUUGGCGCCUCCACCUAAACCCGGUGAAGAUUAUUUCUCGAGCAACCUGAGCCUCGAACCCAACCCAUUUGAGCAAUCAUUUGGUACGGGAGGCACGGUGGAAACCCCCGGUGGUACUAAGUUGCCCAGCGUGGCUGCCUUGACCUCGCCGUCGUCGUUGUUGCCGGGGAACGGAAACACGCCAUUCAACUGGGGAGGCGGAUCUCUUAGGACGGGACCGCUCAGUCCGGCGAUGCUUUCCGGUCCGGCGAAUGACUACUUUGGCGACACAUCGCAUACCCUGCGUGGUGGGUUUACGCCCAAUGAGAGUUCGCUACGAACCGGUCUGACGCCGGGUGGGAGUGGCUCUAUGUUCCCUGCCCCGAGUCCUAACUCACAAGCUCUCUUUGCACAAUUAGCCAGUGGUACCGCAACACCUAGCACGCUCGACUUCCAUCGGACCGCCAUGAGUGCCGCAGCUGCGAAAGCAAAUCGCGACAAGCAGCAACCGCAGUCCAUGACGUCGCAACCAGAGACGAACGGGGCGCAGAUAAAGACCGAGGCCAAGCAGUCUUCGGGCGCAUUUGACCCUCAUGACAACGAUGCUGCCAAUGGUCUGUUCAUGUUAGCUCAAGGCGCUCAGGGCCGAAACGGCAACCAAACGCAGUAUCCCGUUGGCGGUAAUCAGCCAGUCCAUGCCCACCCAGCUCCACCCCCGCCCAACCAAGCCAAUAGUAGUACAUCACCGCAGAUGAAUGGAAAUGGUGCACCGUCUACGUCACCGACGAGGGGAGUUAGUGAAGCAGCCAGUGGGGUCUCAGACGAAAGCGAACCGGCGAAGCCAAGCACAAGGGGGAAAGGAAAGCGUGGCGGCGCUGCAACCACGAACGGACGACGUAAAGCCGAGGAGGCUCCUGCAAAGCAGCCUGCUAAUAAGAAGUCAAAAACCGCUCCGUCGUUGAAUGGUAAUGACAUGUCCUCGGAUGAAGAAGAUGAUGAAAAGGGUGACGGUUCGCAUCCCAAGUCAAAGAUGACCGACGAAGAAAAGCGGAAGAACUUCCUCGAACGAAACAGGGUUGCCGCAUUGAAAUGUCGCCAACGUAAAAAGCAAUGGUUGGCUAAUCUCCAAAGCAAAGUGGAGAUGUUUAGUAGCGAGAACGAUGCCUUAACAGCACAGAUCUCUCAGCUGAGGGAAGAAGUCGUUAAUCUUAAGACCCUUCUGCUUGCUCACAAGGAUUGCCCAGUUACGCAGCAGCAAGGGUUACAUGGGGCGUUCAUGCAACAAGCGAUGGAGACUUACAAUCCACAGAUCAACCCGUACGGGAUGGCGGCACCCAUCCCCAACCAACCCGUCAUGGCGGGGCAAGGGGUGCAGCGACGCUUCUCAUAG